ACCAAACACAGCGAGAAAGAGAUUCAUCUUUCAAUUUUUUUUUAAAGAAAACUUUGUGUGUUGGGGGAAAAAGAAGAGAGAGAGAGAGAGAGAUGGAGAUAGAACCAAAGUUCAAGAGAAUAUGUGUGUUUUGUGGAAGUAGUGCUGGUAAUAAAACCAGUUACAGAGAUGCUGCUAUCGAACUCGGAGCCGAACUGGUAUCAAGAAAUAUCGAUCUUGUCUAUGGUGGAGGGAGCAUAGGUUUAAUGGGCUUGAUUUCUCAAGCUGUUUACAACGGAGGUCGCCAUGUCAUCGGGGUUAUCCCCAAGACACUAAUGCCAAAAGAGAUAACAGGAGAGACAGUGGGAGAAGUGAAGGCAGUAGCAGACAUGCACCAAAGGAAAGCUGAGAUGGCUAAGCACUCUGAUGCUUUUAUCGCUUUACCUGGUGGAUAUGGGACACUUGAAGAGCUCCUUGAAGUAAUCACUUGGGCACAGCUUGGAAUCCAUGAUAAACCAGUGGGACUAUUGAAUGUGGAAGGAUACUACAAUUCAUUGUUAUCAUUCAUCGACAAAGCAGUGGAAGAAGGUUUCAUUUCACCAACUGCUCGUCAUAUCAUUGUCUCUGCUCCUUCUGCUAAAGACCUUGUCAAGAAACUUGAGGAAUAUGUACCAAGGCAUGAGAAGGUAGCAUCAAAGAAAAGCUGGGAGAUGGAGCAAAUAGGGCUGAGUCCAACUUGUGAAAUCUCAAGAUGAAAAAAGGACUAAUUGAAUUCUUUAAUUAGGAUAAGCCCAAUUUAAUGUUUCUCCAAAAUUGGGCUCCUUUUUAUUGAUUGUGUAAACUUAGUCCCAGCAACCUGAAGACAAAUUGACUUUCUUUUUGUGUAGUUGAUUCUGUUGUUUAAUCUAUUGUUUUUAGCUUUCUAUUCUGGAAAAGAAAAGACAGAAAAUAUGUUGGUUUUUUUUUUGUAAUUUGUAAUUUGUAAUAUGUUCCCACGAACAACUCAAUCUUCUUCGGAAAUUAUAUUUGUUGUUGACGA